UGGAAAGUAGAUGAGAGGCAGAAGUAAAGAGGGAAAUUGAGGGAGUCAAGAGCGCAAAAAACAACAGGAGGACAGCUCAGCAAAUCAGAGCAACAGCAUUCCUCUCACAGCUAGAGAUCCAGGGAAGGGGAAGAUUAGCUAGCAAGAAGAAUAAAAAAAGGAAAACACAAGAAGUUGAGUUUUUAUCUUUUUUUUUAUUUUGGGGGGUUAAUAAAUCACAAGAUUCCACGAAGAGAAAAGGGGAACAAGAAGAGAGAGGAAUAAGAGAGUUUUUAGAGCCUCUGAGUGUCCUGAAAGGGGAAGAUGGAUUCAGACUCUGGAGAACAAAGUGACGGAGACAUCUCUGCAGGACAGGAGAGCUUUAACUCUCGCUCCCUAGCCCUGCAAGCCCAGAAGAAGAUAUUGAGCAAGAUGGCGACCAUGGCAGUAGCCAACAUGUUGACAGAUGAUACCAGCAGUGAGAUCUUGGAUGAGCUCUAUAAGGUGAGCCGGGAGUUCACCAAAAGCAAAAAGGAGGCCCACAAGAUCAUCAAGGACGUCAUCAAGAUCGCCCUGAAGAUUGGCAUAUUAUACCGCAACCACCAGUUUAGCCCAGACGAGCUCGACACAGUGGAGCGCUUCAAGAAGAAGAUGAACCAGGCGGCCAUGACGGCAGUGUCAUUCUAUGAGGUGGAGUACACCUUUGACAGGAAUAUUCUGUCAGAGCUUCUGCUGGAGUGCAGGGACCUGCUUCACACCUUGGUCGAGCAGCACCUGACCGCACGCUCACAUGCACGCAUCGAUCACGUUUUCAACCAUUUUGCCCAUGGGGAGUUCUUGGCUGAGCUGUAUGGGGACGGAGAGGAGUACAGACUCUCUCUGAGGAAGAUCUGCAAUGGCAUCAACAAACUGCUGGAUGAAGGAACACUUUAACCUCUUGCACUUCACCUUUUUCACCUCUAGCUCCUUCUCUUCUUUGCUCCUUUUCUUGGUGUUUCCUGUCUCCUUCGUUUUCCUUUUCACUUGCUUUCCCUGACAGCUACAUCCUGUGUCUUCUUAUUGCUCUUAUCUUCCUGUUUCUUCGACAUCCCUUUCCAUGGAGGUUGUUGUAACAUCCUGCUGCUGUGGUUUAUUGAGGGAAAUUUUUUGUAGACUGUUGUUUCCUCAAUGGAUCAUUGCUGCCCAACAGGACAACACGUUUCACAUUGUGUAUGCAUUUCACAUCCCUUUUGUGUGCAAAAGUGUACUGUAUCAAUGGCCAAAAAAACAUACACUAGGAUGUUUGGAUAUGAAAGAUAAUCAGUUGUAGUAAUCACUUGCUAUGGGUAUGUGUGUGUGUGUGUGUGAGUGUGUGUGUGUGUGUGUGUGUGUGUGUGUGUGUGUGUGUGUGUGUGUGUGUGUGUGUGUGUGUGUGUGUGUGUGUGUGCACAUGUGUCAGAAUGGAACGUGCUUGAAUAAUGUUGUGUUGUGUUUGCACAUAUGACCAACUAUGUCAUGGUGUGUGUGUCAUGUGUCUGUGUCAAUCUUCUCAACAAGAGUGUAACACUUGUCUUUAUUAAAUAUUUCUUUAAAUCAG